AUGGGUACCCUUUCCGAGUCUCCGGUUCGCCACCGAGACCGAUUACACGACAAGGGCGUCGCACACACCGCCAUCGAGUUUGCCCAGCAAGCCGAGAAGUUGUCGCUCCAGAGCCACCAGAACAACGAUUCCGAGGUCGCCGUCGAAGCUCGAUUCGUUACACCCCAAGACCCUAUCAUCAUCACAUCGGAGGGCAACAGGCUUCCAGGUGUGCCGCUCGUCGAGGCGCACAAAUUGAACGUGCUCAAGGAAGAACUUGAAGAUGGUCCUGCGGUAGUCAAGAUCAAGCAAGGGAGCGACACUGAAGAAGAGAUCGAUACCGGCAAAGAAGCCUCGAAUGGACAGGAAAGAAUCAUCUCGCUACCCACAGACACGAACGGAAAAUCGAUACAGAAAUCGGAAGAAGGCUCCCUUCGUCGCCAAACGCCGCCGUCACACACCAACCCCUUAUUCCCCCCCCUGCCCCUUUACGGGCCACCGUCAUUACUUCGCGACUUGCAUUGUAUGGUGUUCCGCAUCUCGGCCUUCUUCUUGAGUUUGGCUUUUCUUGGGGUCAUUGUUCUCGGUGCACUCUUCACAAGCAUACCGCCGCUGUGCCGCCAUAUUUUCUACCGUUUGACUCUGCAGAACCCAGACAAGAAGAGGCCGUUCUUCGAAGAGGAAGCGCGCAGGGCCAAAGUGCGCGAGGAGGAAAACCGGAAAUGGAAGCGUAGCAACAGCCUGGACAACGACAGGGAGAUCGCUGAUGAAUUCGUCCCUACGGAAGGCGGGCCCGAUCCGAUAGUCUGCGACGUUGGAUACUACGCUCGUCGCGUCGGCCUCGAUGUAGAAGAGUUACAAGUUCAGACCGAAGACGGAUUCAUCAUCGACCUGUGGCAUGUAUACGACCCCGAAGAAUACACAAGAAUGAGCGAGGACGACAGAUCAGACAGGGGGCCCCAAAUAUUCACCCCUUCCAAGAAAAAGCUCAAAGACCCCAGCCAGAAGCGCAAGUUUCCCGUUCUGCUUAUGCACGGGCUUCUCCAGAGCUCAGGGGCCUACUGCACGAACGACGAGAAUUCGCUGGCAUUCUACCUCUGCAAGUCCGGGUACGACGUCUGGCUUGGCAACAACCGCUGCGGCUUUAAGCCCAAACAUGCCUCGCUGGAGUACAAUGACCCGCGAAUGUGGUGCUGGAACAUUCGCCAGAUGGGUGUGUUUGACCUGCCGGCGCUGACCUCGCGUGUCCUCUACGAAACCGGCUUCGGGAAGAUUGGCUUGAUCUGCCACUCUCAGGGCACCACCCAGACACUCGUCGCACUGGCAAAGGAGCAACGGCCAGACCUGGGCGAGAAGCUGACGGUUUUCUGCGCUCUGGCGCCGGCUGCCUACGCCGGGCCCCUAAUCGGGAAGAUGUACUUCAAAUUCAUGAGGAUCAUCACGCCGGGCAUGUUCCGUUUAAUGUUCGGCAUCCACGCUUUCAUCCCCUUCAUGAUGCAGAUGCACCAGCUUCUUCACCCCAAGGUCUACGGGUGGCUCGGGUACAAGGUCUUCUCCUUCCUGUUCGACUGGACGGACACGAAGUGGGAUCGCGGCCUGAGAGACCGCAUGUUCCAAUUCGCACCUGUAUACGUCAGCGCCGAGUCCAUGCGCUGGUGGCUCGGAAGAGAGUGCUUUGCGAGACACAAAUGCAUCCUCUCCACCAAAGAGGACGUCCGCGCCGAGGAGAAAGAGGACCAUAUCAACGGAAACGACUGCCACACUCUCCGGGCCGAUGACGCCGACGGCCUGAUGAGUCAGAGGACCUUGGACGAGCAUACCCGUAGACCCAAGGGGUCGACGGCAUGGUAUAACGAACAAGCGCCACCCUUCGCCCUCUGGGUCGCCGGGAACGACGACCUCGUCGACGGCAAGAAGCUCCUCCGGAGGUUCGAGCGAGGUCGCGAGCCGCAUGUCAACGUGGUGCACAGCAAGGUUAUUCCCGAGUACGAGCAUCUUGACGUCAUCUGGGCCAUGGACGCCCCCGAACAGGUGUUCAAGGAGGUCCGCGAGGUGCUCUGGAAGACCUGCGACGCAAGAGACGAGUGUCGCGUGCCCAAAGGAUGCGAGGACGUCAAGCGGUGGACGCCAACGAACAGGGUAGCGAACGGAGAGUCGGAGGAGAGCCAGUCCAGCAGCGACGAUGCCGAGUAG